AUGCAAACUAGAAGUGCUACUAAAGUGCUACAAAAAUCAAAGAAAAAUAUUAAAAAAGAAAUUUUGGAAACUUCACAACAACAACAAUCGUUACCCAAAAGAUCAAAAGUAGAAGAAUUAAAUGAAAAUAUUCCAAAUCCGCAACAAGUAACGUCUAAAAGAAUUAAAUUAAAUAAUUGUGAAACUGAGGAUGAUGGUGAAAAUAUACCACAAACUAUUACUAGAGAAUUUACUCGACAAACAAAUUUUUAUAAAAUUGAAUACAAAUUUUUAAAAACUGUAAAAGAUGAUGAAGAAUUGGAAUUACUUAGAUUUGAGUUACAUUGCAGCAGACAAAAUUUAAGAAGAUAUAAAAACUUCAAAACAAUUACACUUAAUUGCACUUUAAGAUUUACUCGGGAAAAAUGUCCAUUUGGAUUGUUUGCUGUUAGAAAAUCUUUUGGAAUUCUUGUUUAUGAGCAUGGAAAUCACAAUCACGAAUUUAGAGAAAUCGGUAAAAAUUUUGGAUUCUAUUUAGAGUAUUGA